AUGACCAUCAACCUUGACCGACUUCCAUUCGACAUUCUCUUCAACAUGUCGUGCUAUCUCGAACUCGAUGAUAUAUUCUGCCUGGGUAGGACUUGUAGACCAUUAAGCGUCUUGCUAACCGAGAACACACUUUGCCGGAUGGCAAUUGAGUUGCAUGCGCCGUUCAGUCAGGAAGCCAAGCUUGCCCGAGCUUCAAUCAUCACCUAUAGACAAGCAGUGAGGAGUCUAUUCCAUCGCCGGAAUGCGUUCUCUCUUGCACGUCCAUUCUCGGCUCGGGUUGUUGGCUCCGGCACAGACUUUCUUUUCCGGCAAGGGACAGUCUGUCUCUUGGGCGACACUGUCAUUCGUGUGGUUAAUGUCCGUUCAACCCAAACGCCAGUUUCCAUCAAUCUCGGUUCCCUCAUUUUGGACGAUCCGUGUGCGUCUUCCACCUCAUCCGCAUGGUCAUUGCUCUAUUACAGUGACGGGAUCAUAUCAGUUCUGUACACGUCGAACAGGAGAGGGAGCAGAGGUAGAAUAUUUGCUAUCAGGACGAGUACCGAAGUCCAGGAAAGCAGCAGAGUGAUCCAGGAUAUUGCGAUCGAAGACACUUCCAAACUUUUCGUUCGGCACACAUCUUCAGUUCUCUAUUAUGGAACCCACACCGGCGCAGGAUACUCAGGGUAUCGGGAAUGGGAGCUAAGGGGAGUCUCGCUGGAUCCUGGCUUUCGCUUCUCAUCCUCGGUUGCCCUACCACUGGAAGAGUUCUUCGGUACAGAUAUUGGAUCCACCGUCGUCUUUGAGGUACACAAUAAGUACUUCUACGCUUUAUCAAACCAGACAACCCAGGCAGUCGAGGAGAUAGAUUGGACUUCCUUCUACCACUGUAUCCGUUUCCCAAUAAAUGAGCCUCGCCCGGAGAAGAUGGAGAUUAAUCGUCGCAUAUACCGACGCCAACACAACGAAGGUCCCAUCAAUGAUUCAUGGACUGACCUGAGCAUCCAAUUCGACGAACAAACGGACGAUCCUGUUAUUGUGGAGGCGCGCCGCGAAUGGCAGAAUGGCGCCAGCCGUCAGACGCGGACCUUUUACAUGACGAAGAUCAGCUUUGACGAGGAAGCUCCUGACGUACCUCUGCUCCCGGAAAACGACGUCCUCACCGAUGCCCUCGACCCAUAUGACAAGCCGAACUAUGCUCCCCCACAACCGCGAAGCCCUCAAAGCUUUCACCCAGAAUUCGGUCUUGAUGGUUCGACAGCCACGUCUCGGCCCUUCGCCCUCACGCGAACGAAAUUCAGAGCAUACAACUACUCUUGUAAUGCCUUCAUUGAUCUUGUUGAAGACGACCGGUGCUGCGAGGAAUCUCUUACCAUUCCAUGCCUCCGUAUCCGGGUGGGUUCAAGGAGACCAGCACCCCUGAACUGGGUCCCAAAUGACAUUGCCACAACAAAGACACUUCUCGCGUCCACAGAUGGCGAACAGUACCGUUACUCUCCCGUCAGAUUAUGGCCGCCGCCUGCAUCACAAUGUCUCUGCUCGAAACGUCUACACAAUAUCCUAAGCCCACCAGUGGCUAGGAGUGCAGGAGGUCAGAGAGGUAACAGAAUCAUCACUGGUGUGGCAGACGAAAGAACCCUGGUAUACAUGGUCAAAGCCGCACCGGCCUAUGGCACUGUGGAUGAGCCUUUGAUUGGGUCAGUUGUACUUGUUGACUUUAGUCCGCAUGGUAUUCGUUAUGGCCCUGAGCAAGACAGUCGAGCAGGCGCUGCCCCUGCCAACAGUAAUGGCGCACAAGGGACAGAGAUGGAAUGGGCCUGGGGCCCGGGACUCGCUGCAUGCUGUCAGAGACAGCCAUGCUAA